CCCCAGAGCUCGGCCAGGGUGGGGUACACGUUUGGGGCACCUUCCUCGCCCCGUCCCCACCCACUGGUCUGUCCCUUGUCAAGGCAACCUGCGAAGACGCUGUGGUAUGACCGCCCGCGGUACGUGUACCUGGAGUUCUGUGUGGAGGACAGCACAGAUGUUAAGGUCGUCAUUGAGGACCAGCGGCUGGUGUUCAGCUGCAAAAAUGCAGAUGGCGUGGAGUUCUACAAUGAGAUCGACCUGUAUGCAAGGGUCAACUCCAAGGACUCACAGGACAAGCGUUCCGACCGCUCCAUCACGUGUUUUAUGAGGAAGUGGAAGGAGAAGGUGGCCUGGCCCCGCCUCACCAAGGAGAACAUCAAGCCAGCCUGGCUCUCCGUGGACUUUGACAACUGGCGGGACUGGGAAGGGGACGAGGAGGUGGAGAGGGCCAUGGUGGAGCAGUACGCAGAGCUCCUGGAGAAGGUGACGGACAAAGGUCCCCCUCCGGCCAUGGACGACCUCGAU